AUGCACACUCUCAAUUCCUCUAAAGUUGAGAUCACCACCUUCUUCCUGAUUGGCAUCCCAGGGCUGGAGUAUGUUCAUGUUUGGAUCUCUGUCCCCAUCUCCCUCAUGUACCUGGUGGCCAUCUUGGGCAACUGUACCAUCCUCUUUGUGAUCAGGACGGAGCCCUCACUCCACGCACCCAUGUACUACUUCCUUUCCAUGUUGGCUGCCUCUGACCUGGGCCUGUCCCUCUCAUCCCUCCCCACUAUGCUGAGGCUCUUUGUUUUCAAUGCUACAGGGAUUUCCCCAAAUGCCUGCUUUGCUCAAGAAUUCUUUAUCCAUGGAUUCACAGACAUGGAGUCCUCAAUGCUCCUGGUCAUGUCUUUUGACUGCUUUUUGGCCAUUCACAGCCCUCUGAUAUACAGCUCCAUCCUCACCAAUGCCAGAGUGGCCAAAAUGGGCCUGGUGUUUCUCAUUAAAAACAUGUUCUCAGUGCUCCCAUUUCCUUUCACUCUCAAAAGAUUGAUCUAUUGUAGGAAAAGCCUGCUUUCUCACUCUUAUUGUCUCCGUCAGGAUGUGAAGCUGGCCUGCUCUGACAACACAGUCAACUUUUUCUAUGGUUUCUUUGUUGCCCCCUGUAUGAUGACAGACAGUGUGUUCAUUGCUGUGUCCUAUGUAUUCAUCCUGAAGACCGUGAUGGGAAUUGGUUCCCAUAAGGAGCGGCUCAAGGCUCUCAACACCUGUGUCUACCACAUAUGUGCCGUACUUAUCUUCUAUGUGCCCAUCAUUGCUUUGGCCUCCAUGCACUGCUUUGGUAAGCACAAGUCCCCAGUGGCCAUGGUCCUCAUUGCUGACAUUUUCUUGCUGGUACCACCUCUGAUGAACCCCAUCAUCUACUGUGUGAAGACGCGGCAAAUUCGUGAGAAAGUUCUGGGGAAAUUGGGUCUAAAAUAA